AUGAAAAGAGGAUUCGAAGAUGUUCAUUCCACUCUAGAAUAUCAUGAACCAGUAUGGGAAUUCCCCUCUGUCGAGUUACUACCAACAGUCGUAAACUCGGAGAGAAACGAGCUUUACCAGUUGGUCGAACGAGCCACCGAGAAGGCCAUCGACGAGGAUAACUUUACCGCAUCCCUGGCGGGUGUUUUAGAUGGCGGCGACGAACUCGGGAGCCGAAUGAAUAACAUUAAUGACGAGCAAGGUUUAAGCAGCUUGAUGGCGCUUCUUUUGGAGUGUGGCGCAGCUAUCUCGGUCGACAAUCUAAGUGAAGCUCAUAGAAUGUUGAUUGAACUCACCCAAAUGGCUUCCGCUCAUGCCCCUUCGUGUGCCGAGAGAGUUAUAGCUUAUUUCGCCAUGGCAAUGUCUACUAGGGUUAUUAACUCAUGGUUAGGGUUUUCCUCUCCUUUGAUUGAACUAAAAACCAUUCACGACGCUUUCCAAGCUUUCAACAAUGUCUCCCCCUUCAUCAAAUUCGGUCAUUUCACCUCCAACCAAGCCUUACUCGAGGCCUUUCAUCGACGCCAUCGGGUUCACAUCAUCGACCUCGAUAUCAUGCAGGGCUUGCAAUGGCCGGCCUUGUUUCACAUCCUAGCCACCCGUACCGAAGGGCCUCCGAUCAUAACCAUGACCGGCUUUGGCAGUUCGAUGGAUAUUCUGGUAGAGACUGGAAAACAACUUUCAAACUUCGCCACACGACUCCGGAUAUCGUUCGAUUUCCACCCGAUUGCGAAGAAAUUCGGGGAAAUCGAUGUCGCGGCGAUACGACUCCGAAAGGGAGACACCCUAGCAAUUCACUGGUUACAACACUCGUUGUAUGAUGCCAUGGGACCUGAUCCGAACACGUUAAGACUCAUUGAACAAUUGGCUCCGACAGUGGUCACAUUGGUCGAACAAGAUGGUUACACUAACGGUUGUUCUUUCUCAGACCGAUUCGUGAACUCCCUCCAUUAUUACUCUGCCAUCUUCGAUUCGCUCGGUGCGUAUUUGCCAGCCGAAGACCCUAACCGGCACAACGUUGAGCACGGCCUUUUGUAUAGGGAAAUCAACAAUAUAUUGUCCAUUGGAGGCCCAGCGAGAAGUGGGGACGGUAAGUUCAUGCAAUGGCGGAGCGAGCUCGCGAGGAACGGUAACUUGCAGAUGGUGCCGAUGAGCAGCAACUCCAUGGCUCAAGCUCAGCUGAUAUUGAAAAUGUUUUCACCAGAUUAUGGCUAUAGUCUUGUACGAGACGAUGGGGCGCUUAAGCUUGGAUGGAAAGAUACUUGCUUGUUUACUGCUUCUGCUUGGACGACGAUGUUGCAUGCCUCUAGGUUAUAUGAGAAUUGA